AUGUCUCGGAUUCAGCAGACUUACAACGAGUAUAUCGAACUUGGUUCAUUGCCACAGCUAUCCAUGUUUCCUGCUCCAUCGCGCAGUCCCAGAAAGACUGCGAAGGAGAACCAACCGAUCUUGAACAACACCACCCGCAAAGCAUUCAAUCUGCUGUCACCACCACCCCGAGACAGCUCGCUCCUAGCACGUUGCCCGAGACCACGAGACAUCACACCUGUCUCGCCCGCAAAGACCCCGCCAGAGUCUCCCAUGAAGGCAACGCCUUCAAAUAUCGGCAAGCGGAGAUCGUAUGCACCUGCACUCCUCUCCAGUCCCGCACGACCAAGCCACAGCUCCCGCAUGAUGAAGAUCUUCCAGGACGCUCGACUGUCAUUGAAGACCAAAGACUUGCCCCCGCCCACCGACUUCCCACUGCGUACGCGCGACACUCCACCGCAGAGGGAAACGCCGGGCAGACCCGGAUACUUCGACACGACCUGCUCGUCGCGUCCGGACGGCGACCCUUUCCGUUCAGGUCACAUGACAAGCCAACCGUGUGGCAGCGAGGUCACGUACCCACGACUCCCACCAGCCCUACACUCUCCAUACCUCCCUGAAAACCCCUGGCACGUCGCUAUGCCCUCCUCUCACCCUCCCUACCAGCCCCUACCCACCUCACACUCGCACACCUACACCCACACCCCUGCUCCUCAGCCACCGCCCCACAUCACCGGCCCAUCUCAAUCCACCUCCCGCCACGACAGCGUCAUCGGGAUCAUAGCCACAACCCCCUCUUCGCCCUCCUGGUCCGGCGACGACGAGUUCUACGUCCCCAGCACCGUCCCCGCUCUUCCGGCACCUCCGCAACUGGUGCUUCCGACCACCGAGGAUCCGUGGGUAAACGCGUGGCUGGACGACGUGCCUGUGGGCGCGAGUCCGACGACCGAGGUGCAGCCGGACAGGGCUGAGAGCCAGGCGGCGGUGGGCUGUUAUGCCAAGAAGCAGCCGCGAAGAUAUCGGUUCCACUCGACGAGGAUCUCGGAGAUUAAUGGGGAUGGUUCUGAGGAGGCGGUUGGGGAUGGGGAUGGGGAUGCUGAUGCCGAGAGCGAGGCGGAGCCCAACAUCAGUACCCCUGCCGCGCCUCGGCUUCUUAUCAAGAGACGUGCGGAUCGCGGCGCUGUUGAGGACAGGGAGGGCGAUGGCGAUAAGCUCGCGCCGCUGAGCCCGGACGUCGAGAUCAAGCGCGGACGCACGAAGGAGAGAUCACCAGGGAAGGCGCGGUGUGCAAGUUACUUCGACGAGGACAUCGUGCCGAGCCCGGCGGUUCGGGGGAAGAAGGCUGGACGAGGUGGUGUUGGGUGGUUUUGA